CACAGACUGCUUGCUUCCUGUGUAUGGUUAAAGUUACCCUUCUCAAGAUGGUCUCAUUACUGCUGCGUCUUUCCACAGGACCCAGAGGACAGAUUUCCUGAGCUGACACUGCAGAAAUAACAUGGGGAGCCAAUGCUCUGCACUCAAGAGGGCUAAAAUAAAGGAAAAGGAGGAUUACAAACCUGACCAAACGGACCAUGAGGUUUUCCCUACAGUGAAAAAUGGACAAAAGUCUCCUCUCCUCCAAAGAAAGUCGUCUCUGCAUGAGGAGGGGGGAGCCAUAAAAGAAGGAACCCAGGAGGAGACUUCUUUUGAAAAACUGGCUUCUAGAGAGAAGAGCAGCUCUUUGGCACACGAGUACACUGUCGUUCAAGUUAACACAUGUUCUUUCCGCUCUGAAACACAUGAUCCUGCUCCAAUCAGCACAGAGGAGAAAGAAGCUUCCUGGGUGGACAACAACAGGGCUAACCUCAUUCAGAACGUCACUUCAGUAAUGCUGAUAGCGGAUCAGAUGCACCAGCAGCACAUGAUCCAUAAAGAGGUCUAUGCCAACAUCAAGGCUGCCAGGACCAGUAUGGACCAGAUGAGGGAGCUGUACAAGGCCCUAACAUCUACAAAAGUUAAAUCUACCUUCUUCAGAAUCCUCCAUGAAAUUGAGCCAGCGACAUGUGAAACAAAGGAUGUCAUCAGAGAAGUCAUCAAAAAACACAAGGCACAACUGAGGGACAGGCUUUGCUUUGAGUUUCAAGGCACUAAAACAAAUCAUGAGGAUAUAAAAUCACUGGACAAAAUUUACACAGAGCUUCACAUUAUACAGGGAGAGAGUGAAUCUGUCAAUCAAAAACAUGAGAUCUGGGAAAUCGAAGACAAGGCGACCAAGAAGAUUCAAACAGCUGAGGGCCCAAGAAUCAACUGCAACGACAUCUUUAAAAGUGUACCAGAGGACAGUGUGUCGUCUGGGCAAGACAGACGAGAAGGGAGAGCUAUCAGAGCUGUGAUGACAAAGGGAAUAGCCGGAAUUGGAAAAACUGUCUCUGUGAAGAAGUUCAUCCUUGACUGGGCAGAUGGGAGAGCCAAUCAGGACUUGGACUUCAUCUUUUUGCUACCAUUCAGGGAGCUAAAUUUGGUCACAGAUCGUAAGCUAAGCCUUGAGACACUUGUGAGAGAAUUCCACCCAGAACUUAAAAACACAGCAAUCACAAGAAUAUUUGCGAAUCACAAAGUUUUGUUCAUUUUUGAUGGUCUUGAUGAAACCCAGCUUCAACUGAAUUUCACAACAACCCCAAGACUGACAGAUCCCACAGAGGAAUCGUCAGUGGACAUUCUGGUGACCAACCUCAUCAGGGAGCAUCUUCUUCCCUCUGCACUUGUUUGGAUAACCUCAAGACCUGGAGCAGUUAAGCGCAUCCCCCGUCGGCACGUGUACCAGUGGACUGAGGUCAGAGGAUUUAAUGAUCAACAAAAAAUACAGUACUUCAGGAAGACAGUUGAGAACAAGACGGUCGCUGAAAAAAUCAUUAACUACAUUAUAAUGUCACGGAGCUUAUACAUUAUGUGUCACAUACCCAUCUUCUGCUGGAUUGCAGCAAAAGUUUUUCAGCAUUUGCUGCAAAAAAUGGACGACAUUCAAAAUGAGACCAUGAAGAUACCCACAACGCUUACUGAGAUGUACACACACUUCCUUUUUAUUCAAAUGCAGGUAGCAACUGAAAAGUACGACAACCAGAAUGAGUCGGACACAGACGAGAUCUUCAAGUCAAAUGAAGAAUUCAUUUUCAAACUAGGCAGGAUGUCAUUUGAACAUCUGACAGAAGACAAAAUCAUAUUCACUGCCACGGAUCUGAUCAAAUAUGGCAUCGACAUAGACAAAGCUGGAGUUUAUUGUGGGUUGUGUACAGAGAUAUUCAAAGAGGAGAGUGCGUUCAACAGAAAGAAGCUCUACUGCUUUGUGCAUCUGACAGUUCAGGAGUAUUUUGCUGCUCUCUUUGUGUACCACAGUUUUGCAAGUAAAAAAAUUGAUUCUCUUAGCCUCAAGGAUUACCUGCUGAAAGGCUCCGAGGAAGAGUUGAAGUCUACUUUGGAUGAAGAUCCAGUUGAUCUACCUUUGCAUGAGCUGAUGGAAAUUGCAAUGGCUAAUUCGGCUCAAAGAAAGUCAGGAGAACUGGACAUGUUUUUAAGGUUCCUUGUGGGCAUGUCUCUACAAUCAACUCAAGAACUGCUUCAAGGCCUGAUUCAGCAGACAGAGGAUCACUCAGCAGUUGUUGAGGAAAUUAGGAAAAGUCUACUAGAAUUAGAUUUAUUGGACUGCUCGCCUGAGAGGUGUCUGAACCUUGUCCACUGCCUGAUUGAGCUGAAAGACAGUUCCCUACACGAUAAAGUACUGAAAUAUCUUAAACCAGAGAAUCAUCCAGAAACACAGCUCUCCCCUUCUCAGUGCUCUGCUCUGGCCGACUCAAUUCUGAUGUCAAAUAUGCCUCUAGAUGAAUUCAACCUGAAGAAAUACAGACCAUCAGCAAAAGGUAUUUUUAGGCUUCUCCCAGCUAUAAGAAACUGCAGGAGAGCAAGAAUAUCAGGGUUGCAUCUGGAUGGCUGGCUGGGUCAAACUAUUUCCUCUGCUCUUCUAAUGCCAAACUCUGUGCUAACUGAACUGCACCUGAUGAAUGGUCGCUUUUAUGGGGAAGCUGCAAAGAUCUUGAAAGAUGGCCUUAAAAACUCUCAGGCUAAACUAGAAGUUCUCAGUCUCUCAGGUAUGUGGCUGUCACAAAGUGAGAGUGAAGAUUUGGCAGAAGCAAUCAAAUCAGUCAUCUCAAAUCUAAGAGAACUGGAGCUCAGUGGCGACAUACUGGGUGACUCAUUAUGUUUUGUGUUUUCUGCUGGGCUUCGCCACCCUAAACUGGAAAAGCUCAGACUAAACCGAAAUCACUGCAUUACAAAAAUCUGUAAGGAGUUGGAGACGACAUUCACAUCCAACCCAUGUUAUCUGCGAGAGCUGGAACUGAGUUACACCAGGUUUAAAGACUCAGAAAUGGAGAAUCUCUCAUCUUGGUUGAGAAGCGCAAACUGUACACUGGAGGUAUUGAGUCUCAGUCACAACGAACUCACUGAGAAAGGUUGUCAGAAGCUGGCCCCAGCACUCAGUGCUGAACCUUCGCACUUGAGAGAUUUGGACCUGAGCUCCAAUGACCUGCAGGACUCAGGCGUGAUGGCACUCUGUAAUGCACUGAUGAACCCGCACUGUGGUUUGAAAAGACUAAGGCUGUCAUUCUGUAAAGUGACAGGAGAUGGAUGCGCCUCUUUGGCCGUGGCUCUGAGGUCUGACCACUGCAGCCUCAGGGAGCUGGACCUGAGCUUUAAUCACCUCGCAGAUCAAGGAGUCAAGCUGCUGACUGAAAUACAGAGGGAUUCGUGCUGCAGUCUGGAGAAACUAAAUGUGGACCAAAAUGAAGAAUACUGGUUUGACAUGAAGCUACUGAGACAGUAUGCCUGUGAUCUGACACUGGACCUCAACACAGCAAACUGGAAUAUAAUUUUGACAAAUGAGAACAAAAUGGCAACAGCUGUCACAGAGAAACAACCAUAUCCUCAUCAUCCAGAGAGAUUUGCCCAAAAUCAGGUGCUGUGUAAAGAAGGUUUGACAGGUCGCCACUACUGGGAGGUUGAGCGUGUUUCAGCUGAUGUUGGCGUGGCAUACAAAAGUAUAGACAGGGAUGCAGACUGUUCAAGUGACGUUAUAUUGGGAGGUAACGAAAAGUCUUGGUGCUGGAAUGAUGAAGGGUACUUUCAUCACAACAAUUCCUAUGUGAAUUUUAUGAACUGUUCUAGACAGGCACAGACCAUAGGAGUGUAUCUGGACUGGCCAGCAGGUAUUUUGUCCUUUGUUGCGGUCUUUCCUGAAACACUGACACACCUGUACACUGUCCGCACAACUUUCACUGAACCACUCCAUCCUGGUUUCUUUCUUUACCACCCUGGAUCAAUUUACCUGCGUAAAAUAAAGUAAAUGCAAAUUUAACUGUCUGAAUUGUGCCAUCACUGAAUAAUUGAAUAAUUACUGACAGAUUCGUCUCACUGGGCAUUAAAACAGUGAGCUUUAAACAGUAAAAUGACAAUUAAUUACAUGCUCUAAAGGCUAUGUUACACCACAGCAGUUAGGGGUAAGAAAUUUUUCUUAAAUAAUCACAAAACAAUACAAAGAUGGACACAGUCCCAUACAAUGAACAUUUUCUUUGAAACUCAAAGUAGGGUCCAAUUCAUUGGCUGAAAUUGACCACAAAACGGACAACAUCUGGGGGCUCAGAAUCACAGAGACAUCUCAGUGCCUAACGAUGGCCUUAAUUUUAUGCACUGCACACUGUGUGUUUAUAUUUACUGUUCGAAGGAAAUGCAUUUAAAAUGAGUAUUACAAAGGCGUACCUAUUUGAUGGGAAGAGCAACAACCAAAAACAACCAGCAACAUCUUUUACAUGAUUUAUGAAAACUUUUUUCAAAAGCCUUUUAUUAAUAUUUGUCCGUUUUGUUUUUUUUACGAUUUUUUUACGCCUUUUGUUCAUUUUAUGGAUUAUUUUUUAUACUUUACAAUAGUUUGCUAGUUCAUUCGCUGUACUUUUAUUUGCUGGACUUUUAUGUAAAUGUGGUACUGAAUUGUUUUAAUUUUUUUUCUCAUGUUAAGUUCUCUGUAGCAUUGUUUUUGAAAGGUGAUAAAAUUGAUACUGCAAUUUUCACAUUUUCUUUUCAAUACAUUACAAUUACACUUGUUUUAUUCCAUUUAUUUGUCAGUGGUGACACUCCCACAUGGUAUAACUAAUCUGCGUUCCAUGGGAGUGAGGUAAAUGAGGGAACGCAGCUUGUACAGGCAGGUCUUCAUUCCUUCUCACAGUUCUCUCCUUCCUUAUCUUUUCUACUUUUAGUUUUUCAACUGACAUGUCAGACUUUGUCCAUCUGCGAGUUUACUGCCUGAAUGUGAUUUUUAUCAUCAACAGGCUAGCUAACACAAAAAUAAAAGAUCAAAUGGCACAGGAAGACCAUAACUGAAAUCAGUUAUGAUCUCUGGAAAUCUUAUCUUUUUGAUUGCAAAAUGUUUAGUGAAUUCACUGGGAACUAGGAAAAUAUUCUCCUUUUUCCUCUACUUCUUAAUAUCAGUCCUUUUUUACAUAUACAUUUACCUGUGGGUGCAUAGUUGUGAGUGCGUGUGUGUAUAGUGUGUAUAGUGUGUGUGUGUGUGUCUCUCGAUACGGAUUCUAGAAAAGAAAAAAAAUCUUCCUAACUAAAGGCUAACUGUUUUCCCCUGUAUCAAGUCUUUGUGCUAAGCUAAGCACACUGGCUUAACACACACAUCUUUAUAUUUACUCUAAAGAUAUGAGUGUAAUCUUGGCCUUCUCAUUCCCACUCUCAGCAAGAAAGCAAAUAAA